AUGCCUGGCGCCGUACGAAUGGAAGCUCCAAACGGCGCGGCGCCGCUGGGUGGUGUUUACGCUGGCAUGUUUCGACCUCCUACAUCGCCGUCCAUUUCGAAUUCAAACUACUUUGGCCGUUCACCUGGUAGCAUCUAUUCGGAUUCACCGACGCCUGCUUUCAAUGUAAAAAGGAAGCGAUAUGAACCGAGAGAUUCGACUGCCUUGUACAGUGAUGCAGCCAUGGACGUUGAUAGUGCUAGCGGCAGCAGACCAUAUUCUGGCAGUGGUCAUGACACACGAUACACCUUUGCAGCUUCCAUCGAGACACCUUACGGAGCCGAGCACAAGCAAUUAGGGCACAUGGACGACAGCACAUACUCGGAUGUUGACUAUCGGCGUGCACUCAUAUCAAGGCGGACGGAUAUGCCUUGCUCAAAACCCCCAACGGCAACUUCCAUUCCCGGUUGGAGCAGGUUGGCACUGGAGACGAUUGGUGGUGUUGUUGGAAAAGUUUGGGAUUUUUGCACAGUGGGUGCAUUCCGUGGGUUUUACGCUGGAGGUGGAAGAGGCUACGACGUGAACCCAGGACCCGUGCGCGGCAGCAUUUGGUGCAAUGAGCAUGAUGUCCCUACUCUGCCCGAUAUACCCGGUGGUUUUCCAGACGCUGACUAUGCACGCUUCCAAGCUCAGUCACACACUCCCGACUCGACUCCGCCUCCGGCAGCAAAGCGACGACAGGUGUCGAAUAAUGCUGCAAACGACGAGCUACGCAGGAACUGGGUCAUGGUGGAGGAUCCGACUGAUAAGCCUAGAAACAUGGGUUCCCCGCAGAGCCAGAGACCGACACAGAAUAGACCUCUGCUCAAUCGGCGCAUCAGCAAGCCGAUAGGACGCUUGGCAAACACGGGCUCGACUCAGCAAAGCGCAAGACCCGUAAGCCACGCAGGAAAUGUAGCCUUGACAAACAGACAGCCUGCUAGUUAUGCAUCGCCACGCUCGCCGGCAGUAUCAGAUCGUCCUGCCACGCCGAGCCGACUCCCGGUUCCAUCGCGGGCAAGAUCUUCAAGUACGGCCACACCACCGAGGAUGUUGCAACAGCCCUCGCAAAUCCCUAGUCCGAGUCCAUAUACUGCACGUGGACAUAGGCGGACCCAUAGUGCGGCGUCCACUGCAUCUGGCACUCUGGGUCAAAUACAGAGACGCCAGAGCUCAGCGCACGAGAUUGUGGAAGAGACUAGUCCGCGGCUCGACGCUCGGGCAAGAAACAUGGUCGCGAAAAGAAUGAUACAGGAGCAGGAAACAGAUGCACGUAUCAAUGACUUUAACUCUAGGUUGAUGGAUAUGAUCCGCGAGGGAAGGGAAGCUCUUGGUACCACGAUUGAGGUGGAUGUGCAUGACGAUUACAGGGUUGGCAACGAUCAAUGGGAAGAUGACUAG